AUGUCAUUCCAAAUCGAGACGGUUCCUACUAAACCAUAUGAAGAUCAGAAACCGGGUACUUCUGGCUUGCGUAAAAAGACAAAGGUCUUCAAAGAUCAACCCAACUACACUGAAAAUUUCAUUCAAUCGAUCAUGGAGGCUAUUCCGGAGGGUUCUAAAGGUGCCACUCUUGUCGUCGGUGGUGAUGGUCGUUACUACAAUGAUGUCAUUCUCAACAAAAUUGCCGCUAUUGGUUCUGCCAACGGGAUUAAGAAGCUAGUUAUUGGCCAAUACGGUCUAUUAUCUACACCGGCCGCUUCUCACAUUAUGAGAACUUAUGAGGAAGAAUGUACCGGAGGUAUUAUCUUAACUGCAUCUCAUAAUCCAGGUGGACCAGAAAAUGACAUGGGUAUUAAAUACAAUUUAUCCAAUGGUGGUCCAGCCCCCGAGUCGGUCACGAAUGCUAUUUGGGACAUCUCAAAAAAGCUAACUAAUUAUAAGAUUGUCAAAGAUUUCCCUGAGUUGGAUUUAAAAACGAUAGGUAAGAAUAAGAAAUAUGGCCCAUUAUUGAUUGAUGUCAUUGAUAUUACAAAGGCUUAUGUUGAUUUCUUGAAGAAAAUUUUCGAUUUCGACUUAAUCAAGAAGUUUAUCGAUAACCAGCGCUCCACCAAGAACUGGAAACUGCUGUUUGACAGCAUGAACGGUGUUACUGGACCAUAUGGUAAGGCCAUCUUCGUUGAUGAAUUCGGUUUACCUGCAGAAGAAGUUCUACAAAACUGGCAUCCCUCUCCAGACUUCGGUGGUAUGCAUCCGGACCCAAAUCUAACAUAUGCCAGCUCGUUAGUGAAAAGAGUGGACCGUGAAAAGAUUGAGUUUGGUGCUGCUUCUGAUGGUGAUGGUGAUAGAAAUAUGAUCUACGGUUAUGGUCCAUCUUUUGUCUCCCCAGGUGACUCUGUCGCUAUUAUUGCUGAAUACGCUGCUGAAAUCCCAUAUUUCGCGAAGCAAGGUAUCUAUGGGUUGGCUCGUUCAUUCCCUACUUCAGCAGCCAUUGACCGUGUUGCAAAAGCUCAUGGCCUAAAUUGCUACGAAGUCCCAACUGGUUGGAAGUUUUUCUGUGCUUUAUUCGAUGCUAAGAAAUUAUCCAUUUGUGGCGAGGAAUCCUUUGGUACAGGCUCCAACCAUGUAAGAGAAAAGGACGGUGUUUGGGCCGUUAUGGCAUGGCUGAACAUCUUGGCUAUUUACAACAAACAUCAUCCUGAAAAUGAAGCCUCCAUCAAGACUAUACAGAACGAAUUCUGGGCCAAAUACGGCCGUACUUUCUUCACUCGUUAUGAUUUUGAGAAGGUAGAAAGCGAGAAAGCUAACAAGAUUGUUGACCAAUUGAGAGCUUACGUUACCAAAUCUGGCGUAAUCAAUUCCGCCUUCCCAGCUGAUGAGUCUCUGAAGGUUACCGACUGUGGCGACUUUUCAUACACUGAUUUGGAUGGUUCAGUCUCCGACCAUCAGGGUUUAUAUGUCAAACUCUCUAAUGGUGCAAGAUUCGUUCUAAGAUUGUCUGGUACGGGUUCUUCAGGUGCUACUAUUAGAUUAUACGUUGAAAAGUAUUGUGAUGAUAAGUCCCAAUAUCAAAAGACCGCUGAAGAAUACCUGAAACCAAUUAUUAACUCGGUUAUCAAGUUCUUGAAAUUUAAGCAAGUCUUGGGAACUGAUGAACCUACUGUUCGUACUUAA